UGUCAAUUGUCAAUUGUCAUCGUAAAAAUAAAUAAAACGCACGGCGCACAUGUUUUUUAAUUUUUUAAUAUUUCAGAAAAUAUCAUGACGAAAGACGGACAAAUACUCAAGAGAAAUGAAAACAAAAAGAAACACAGACUUUUUAAACCGAAAAAGAAAAAGAGUGCCGAGGAAGAUGCAGCGAUUCAAUAUCUAAAAGCUCAGUAUGAUAAGAUUGUACCAGAUGAAAUAAAAACUUUCAAAGACUUUCCACUAUCACAGAAAACAUUAAAAGGCUUAAAAGAAAACAAUUAUAUUGUUCCAACAGAUAUUCAGAAGCAGGCGAUUGGCUAUGCACUGCAGGGGAAAGAUAUUCUAGGGGCUGCCAAGACAGGCUCAGGUAAAACAUUGGCAUUUCUUAUACCAAUAUUGGAAAUAUUAUUCUGUAAGAAAUGGACAAGAUUGGAUGGUGUUGGUGCUCUUGUGAUAUCACCUACUAGAGAACUGGCUUAUCAAAUUUAUGAAACUCUUAGAAAAGUAGGCCACCUGCAUGACUUCUCGGCUGGUUUAAUUAUUGGUGGCCAGAAUCUCAAGUUCGAAAGAAAGAGAAUGGAUCAAAUCAACAUCCUAAUCAGCACCCCCGGACGUCUGUUGCAGCACAUGGAUGAGAAUCCUCUGUUUGACUGUAGCCAGCUUCAAAUUCUUAUCCUCGAUGAAGCUGAUCGUUGUUUAGACUUGGGUUUUGAAACAACUAUGAAUGCUAUUAUUGAAAAUCUACCUCCAAAUCGUCAAACCUUAUUAUUUUCAGCCACACAGACUAAAUCAGUAAGGGAUUUAGCCAGACUCAGUUUGUCGUUCCCUACAUAUGUAGCUCCACAUGAACAGGCAGCCACUGUAACUCCGGAGGCUCUGCAGCAAAGCUAUAUAGUCUCUGACAUAGAGGACAAGUUGGGCACCCUGUGGUCCUUCAUAAGAAACCACCUCAAGCAGAAGGUACUGGUUUUCAUGGCUACAUGUAAACAAGUAAAAUACAUGUAUGAGCUAUUCUGCAAGCUGAGACCUGGUGUCAGUCUAUUGGCUUUAUAUGGCACACUGCACCAGGAAAAAAGAGAAAGGAUUUACCAAGAGUUUUGUAGAAAAUCCAAUGUAAUUCUUUUUGCUACUGAUCUAGCUUCUAGAGGACUUGAUUUUCCUAAAGUUAAUUGGGUGAUUCAGUAUGACUGCCCUGAAAAUGUUGAUACUUACAUACAUAGAGCCGGUCGCACUGCUCGUGGAGUCCUUGGCAAAGGAGAAGGUUUACUGAUUUUGCUGCCACAAGAAGAAAGCUUUAUUGAGGAUCUCAAAAAUAAUAAAAUUCCUAUAAAUAAAAUAUCUGUUGAUCCAUCAAAGAUAAUGUCGCCUCAAAGAAAAAUAGAGAGUCUUCUUUCAGACAAUUCUGAUCUGAAACAAUCAGCACAAAGAGCUUUUGUUAGUUAUGUGAAGUCAGUUUCAUUAAUGAAAAAUAAACAAAUCUUUAAUAUUCAACUUUUGGAUACAGAUGCCUAUGCCAGAUCUCUAGGACUCAUUGUUCCACCAAGAAUCAAGUUUAUGUUCAAGAAAAUGAAUUUAAAAAAUAACACGGAAAAAGUAACCACUGAAAAUGUUAUUCAAAAACUUAAAUCUAAUGAUGCCGAACAUGAAGAAUCUGAAUCGUGCGAGUCUGAAAGUGGCAUAGCACCUGUCAUACAGCAAAUGAAAAAAAUUAAAGAAAAACAAAAAAUCCCUAAAUUUGAUUUUCAUAAUGUAAAUGGAGAUAGUGAUGAGGAAGAGGAUGGCUUUAUUAAAGUAAAAAAGAAAAAUGUUGAAGUGGAUAUGACUGCACUUGAGGAAGAGAACACGCGAACUAAAAAAAAUGCGAAACCAUUAACUAAAGCAGCAGUUGCAAAAAAGAUACUUAAGAAGAAAAUUAAAGUUAAUACGACUGUUAAGUUUACUGAAGAUGGUGAAGCAAUUGAAGACGAUAAAAAAGAUGUAAAAUCUGAACUGGCCAAACAGUUUGUCACAGAAAAUGUAGGUGGUAUUGACAUCGAAAAAGCUAAAGAAGUGCUGCGCGAAGAAGACAAAUUUGAUAAAAUAAGAUUUAGAGAAAAAGUAAAGGCUAAGCACAAAGAACAAAAACGUAAACUGAAAAAUAAGAAAAAAGAUGAAGAAGGGGAGAAAGACGACUUUGGCUCACAGUCUGAGUCAGAUAGUGUGGAUUUGUCUUGGCUGCCAGACCCUGAUAAAAUAUAUGGUAAAAAGAGUGUUUCUGAUCCAAAAGAACCUGCUUCAGACAGUGAUAAUAAUCAGGCAAAUUCUGGCAGUGACGAUUCUGAAAUAGAUGAAAAAUAUCACAGACCUACAAAACGGAAGCUCUUGGAAAGUAAAGUUAUACCUCAAGAGAGUGUCACGCCACGUAAAGUGAAGAAAAUUGAAGAUGUAUCUGCAUCGCUAUCAGUCCAGGAAGCAGAGGCGCUCGCUAUGCAAUUACUUAAGUCUAAAAGGAAAUGACCAUAUUUGUAAAAUAAAUUAUUUUUCAUGAGGAA